AUGAGUGAUGACGAGUUUGACUCUUCUGACAGCAAUGGUAUCAAAGCAGUGAACAUUUCUUUCAAAAAUAAACGGAAGACCAAAUUGAGCCCGUUGCUCAAUCGCAGGAAAACUACAUAUCAGAACAAUUCGGAAUUAGGAAAUGAAAACGAUGCUUUUAAGAACCUUGAUUUUCCAUCCUCGCGCCUCAGUCCAAGUUUGGGUAGAAGGUCACCGAGGCUAUCACCGCGCACUUGCUCCUGUGGAUGUAUACCUCGAAGCGACACAGAUUUAACAGUUCCGAAAUGUCCAGAGUGUGGUCAGUAUCGUGGGUUUGGUAAUUCUGCAAUUAAUGCGGCUUGGAACGAACCAUUAUUAGGACUAAAUAAUGCUUGCAAGCUGUACACCACUGAGGGUCUGUUAAAGCAGAAUAGUAACGCAGGGCCCAGAAGAGAACAGAAGGGAUUUGAUGAUUUACAGGUACAGGAUGUUGAAGAUACUCCAAGCCCUAUAGACUAUAUUUCUAUUGAAUCUAAAGCUCGAUUACCUAAGAUAGUAGUGACAGACAUGAAUAAAAGAUCGAACCAGAAUGUGCCGAGUGGUACAGAACUUGCAACACCUGUUAAGUUACCACCAAUCUCUCCAGCAACACCUCGGGCGUCUUCACCCUUCAAAUAUAGCGAGCUUUACAAGACCCAAGAACAAGAUCAAGGCAAUGAAGAAAUACCAGAGUAA